AUGGAAGAGUUAUCGAAGCCUGAAAAUCGGAAGAAAAUCAACGACAAAAUGUAUUGCAAUGAGCAUUCGGGCAUGGAAUUAAAAGUUUACUGCAAAACUUGCGACCAACUGAUUUGCAGGGACUGCAUGGAUUUUAAACACGUCCAGCAAGGUCAUUCGUGUGUUCUCGUCAACGAUGUCGCGAGCAACUAUAAGGAACUUCUUGCUUCAGAUAACAAAGCAAUGCGGGAAGACGCUUUAAAUGAAAGCAAUGCCUCUAAUAAACUAUUAAGCCUUACACCAGAACAACUUGAUCGCAAUGCUGAAAAUGCCAAAAAUAAAACUGAGAAAAAGAAAGCAUUGGUAGCAAUAUUAAUAAUAAUAAUAAUAAUAAAACUAUUUAUUUCUCCUAACAAAUAA